ACUUGGAGGAGCUGAGACUGCAGGAAGAUGCCGGGCUGCUGCAAACGAAAUAUUUGCUCUCUUCAAACUUUCUCCUCCUUAGAGAAUGCUCAUGUGCAGCUGUGACUCUCUAGAAGACUCGAACCCCCCGGCUGGAGACAUGGAGGGCUUCAACUCUUCCAAGAUGUUGCGCAAAAUGAACCCAAGUAACGGAACCGUGUCUGUUGGAUUCCCAAUAACUAUGAUGGUCACUGGCAUGGUUGGCAACUCUUUAGCUCUUGUUCUGGUGUUUAUAUCUUACAGAAAGAAGGAAAACAGAAGGAAAAAGUCUUUCUUGCUUUGUAUCGGAUCCUUGGCGUUGACUGAUCUGUUCGGGCAGGUUCUGACCACUCCAGUUGUCAUAUCAGCCUACCAGGCCGGGCUGCACUGGAAUAUUAUCGAUCCAUCUGGCAAACUAUGUACUUAUUUUGGUGUCUGCAUGACAACGUUCGGCCUGUGCUCCCUCUUCUUGGCCAGUGCCAUGGCGAUAGAAAGAGCCAUGGCGAUAACAAACCCCCACUGGUACUCGAACCACAUGAAGACCAGUGUGACCAAGCAGACUCUGGCUGUCAUCUGGUGUUUCGGCUUGCUCUUUGCUCUGCUGCCCCUCGCAGGAGUCGGGGUGUACACGGUCCAGUGGCCGUACACGUGGUGUUUCAUCAACACGACAAGUGACGGCAGGGGCAGCACGUUCUUCGCCAUCACCUUUGCGGUUCUCGGGAUCUUCUCUCUGCUCGUGACCCUGUCCUGCAACGUGAUGACCAUACGGGGUUUGAUCCUCCGGUGCAAAACGAAGCCGGGCACGUCUCAGUCCUCCAAACAGUGGGAACGUCUCACCACGGAGACAGUCAUCCAGCUGCUGGGGAUCAUGUGCGUCCUGCUCAUCUGCUGGUCUCCUCUGCUGGUCCUGAUGCUGAAGAUGAUCUACAACAAUUUGUCCUCUGUUGCGUGUAACUCAACAACCUCAAAAUCCAGCAGCAACUCAAACCAGGAAGUCCUUCUGGACUGUAACGUGUUUCUGACAGCGAUACGCCUGGCAUCCCUCAACCAGAUCCUGGACCCGUGGGUCUAUCUGCUCCUCAGGGAGAUCCUGCUGCGAAAGUUCUGCAUCAUGGCCAAUGCCGUCUCCAACUGCUCCGUGGAGGAUCAGAAGGAGACCCAGACUGCUCUCGACACAAUUAACAAGCAGAAUCAAGAUGGCAACGACCUUUUAAAAUCACAAAGUAACUAGACUUGGACAGCGAUUGCUACCUAAUGACUCUCAGACCGAAAGGCUUUCAGAGAUAUAAGAACGUCUGAAGAAACAAAGCAACAAAGGAAUGGAUGACCUUAACACAAGGAUCAGUGGGAUCCAGACAGUUUUGUUUACAACACAUUCCAUUAAGAGCUACCCAACCAGCAUGUGGAUGCAUGACUGUCUUCUUUUGCAUUUGGCUGCUGUGCG